UAACAACUCCCUUUGUUAACAGACAAUAGAGAUAUGCUACAAACGAAUCUGUAAGUGUUAGUUACGUCACAAUCGGAGUACAAAGUAUACUGACGUCAUCGGUUACUAUGGUGAUGGCCGAACCCCGUCGUUGUCCUAUCCGUAUCGGAUUCUAUGAUGUCAUAAGGACAAUUGGAAAAGGGAAUUUCGCGGUUGUGAAACUCGCGCGACACCGAAUCACUAAAACAGAGGUCGCGAUUAAAAUAAUCGAAAAAUCUCAUCUGGACCAAUCGAAUUUAAAGAAAAUUUACCGAGAAAUUCAAAUUCUUAAAUUAUUGCGUCAUCAACAUAUCAUGAAGCUGUAUCAGGUAAUGGAGACAAGCACAACCAUAUAUCUAGUGUGUGAAUACGCGAGUCACGGGGAAGUCUUCGACUUUAUAACACAAGAAGAGCGACUCCCGGAACCGAAGGCUCGUCGUAUGUUUUAUCAAGUUCUCUCAGCAAUCGAAUACUGCCAUAAAAAUAAUGUCGUUCAUAGAGAUCUUAAGGCUGAAAAUCUUUUGCUUGAUGGAAAUGACAACAUUAAACUCGCAGAUUUUGGGUUCGGAAAUUUCUUUCAAUCCGGUCAGAAUUUAAAUACGUGGUGUGGAAGUCCCCCUUACGCAGCCCCUGAAGUAUUUGAAGGGAAACUUUAUGAAGGACCUCAGCUUGAUGUCUGGAGCCUUGGGAUUGUUUUGUACGUUCUCGUUUGUGGGACUUUCCCUUUUGAUGGUUCAAAUCUCGCAACAUUAAAAGAACGAGUUCUUGCCGGAAGAUUCCGGAUUCCUUAUUGGAUGAGUGGAGAUUGUGAGAACCUGAUUCGUCGAAUGCUUGUCGUAAACCCAAAGAAACGACUGACGAUCAAUCAGAUUAAAAAGCACAAGUGGAUGCAAACCUUUGCCGUGAAAGCGGAAGUGACGAUGACGAAAAGCGACACCACGCACUUGACCGGCGGCCAUUUUCCCGAGUUUAACGAACACGUGUUAAAGUUAAUGCAAGGGAUGGGAAUUGGUCGUUCAAAGACCUUGGAGUCGCUACGAAAAUCCAGCUACGAUCACUUGUAUGCUAUCUACCACCUACUAGUGGACAGACUGAAACAACAUCGCUCGAGUUUUCCAACUGAUGGUAAAUUUAAGUUCGAAUCAAGUCAACGCCGACCUUCAAAUAUCGCGGAACACGCUUUAUCAAAUACCCAUCAACCUCACGUCACCAGUGACGCCACACACAAGACUUUCAACCGUUACCACCCGAACCUCCCAAUAACUUCUCAACAUGGAACGAUCACUGAAAACGAUGCUGACGUCACGCAAACGAAGGAUAUUUUCUUACCCGAUGAAGGUUUGAACGACCUCCCAUCAGUGAAAAGAUCGUUGGUGACCUGUAAUAACCCCAUGACCUCUAUUAACCCCGUGACGUCAUAUAAACCACCUGGGUCGCCCCCACUUAAACCCAGGUUCCAUCACCCCAUCCCCAAGUUACCCCACCAACCCUGGUCGUUUAAUUCUGGGUUAAUGGGGAGAUCCCCCGCUUACCCCACCUCUCAUCCCAUAAGAAUACGAGCCGAGGGAAUUCCCCCUGUGACGUCAAUAGACGAAGGCAUCGAAACAUCAGAUGAACAAUUAGCCAUGAUCACACCCGAAGUAAAAGAAAGACGUCACACCUUGGUUGUUCCUGAUAUUGCCAAUUUUUAUACAACAAUCAACGGAAAUAUGACGCAACUAUCCGACACAUCGUUAAGCACGUCACCCUCGGCUAUGACCGGAAGUUCAGGGUUCUGUCACGACAAUUCAAUCAGUGCUUUCUCUGAACCUCAAGAUUGGAACGAGAAUGAGUAUAGUGACGUCACACUGACGCAUAAUACGGGCAAUGACGUCACACCCACUGUUGUUUUGUCGCGCGUGGGCGCUGUUCACCACACCGACCAAUCAGAAGCGAGAAUCAUGGAGAACCAGCGCCAACUACUAGACGUUUCGCCAACCGGGUUUCGUGAAGGCCGAAGAGCCAGCGAUGGAUUACUGAUGGUGGGGGAAACCCAAAUCGCAGAACACCUUAAACGAAUCACACGGACCCAUGGGUUCCCAACGAUCACACAGGAAGACGUUAAUGAUUGUGGAGUUAUCACGGAGGGGGAUGUUCAGUACGGUGCUUUCCCUAACGCAUUGUCGUCAUCGUCGAGUCAUGGGUACGAUCAUCGUACGAUGACGUCACAACAUCACGUGACCCAACACAUUAAUUUCAAACCUUACGUGUCAUCGUAUCGACGUCGUAGUCUGCAGGUGCCACAUCUAGCAAGCGAAAGUUGGUCGUCGCCGAUGACGCAAGAAUCCGGGGGAUUCCCCCAACAUAAGUCAGCCAUAGAUCAACUGUUGGCUUUCCAGAAAUCUCAACAAGUGUGCGACCAUAAUGAUAAACUUCAAUGGUCGUCGUGGAAACCAGUAGAAGACAAAGAAGUUCCACUUCAAAAAAUUCAAGCCGUGUCCCAACAACGACGAGAUACAAUUCCACUUCUAGCCAAUCGAACGAGUCCCGCCCCGUUCUCAGUGGCAUCUGACGAAUCCAUGACGAGAACCUCAACAGCCGAGCAAGCGAAACGCCAACCUAGCCUUCCUGUCAACCAGUUGUUGGGCCAACAAAGUCUCGUGCAGCAACUGCAACAAAGAAGAUUGGAACGCCGACUCAAAGCUGCUCACCACAUGCACCCAACAUCGAGUUACCAUCUUCCUGUACAAGAAUUGGAGCAUUUACGUAUUGAUGCCAACCACGGGAUAGUGGGGGUCGCACCAGGCUUCGGGUUGGACGCUUUAUCUUCAGACGAGCAUAUUCCACAGCAGAGCAACCUUACGAACCCUUUAUUCGAAAGAGGAGGGUCGCCUGAAUUGAUACGAUGUUUUCCAACUGCCACAGGAUCGUUGCCAGUAAGCCCGUCGCAUUAUCCGAAGGAAGAUCAAAUUCCAACGCCAUCCUGGAGCGGUAGUGCUGAGCAUUACCCGAUGGAGUACACCUUUACAUAAAAAUCAUACUCUGUUUAUUUGUUUUCUAUGGUUCGAAUGGUAGCCACUGUGAAAGCAUUCAGCAGUCAUCUACGUCAUUUCUUCGCGGCGUACGGUCUCAGUGCCAAACAGCUGCAGUAUUUAUUAUUCAACAAAGACCUAAAGCCAAUGGGUCUAAAAACCGACCUAGUGGUGUUUUGCUCCAAAACGAAAAUUUGAAAUUCGAGUCGUUAUUUCGUCACACUGUGAUAACAAUGGUGCCGAAAACGAACAAAACACUGAACUUGAUUUAUUUGUUCGUCCUUUAACUGCUGUCCACUUUGAUAUUGCGAGUUUGGUAACUACUUUAUGUACUUAUAAUGGUCAUAUGCGGUAUCCAUUGUCAAGACGUGUUCUUUAUUCGUCCGUGCUUUACCCAUCUUUUGCACGUGCAAUCCAUCGCUUGUAGAAACACAUUUACAUUUGUCAAA